AUGUCGGCCGCUUCAGUUCAAAAAGAGCCGGAGGUUGGCUCGUUAAAAACCGAAUCCAAGAAACCCGAACCUCUGUCCACCUCGAAUGGAUCAAAACUAGCCUCGCCCUUCCCUUCUCCUACGGAUACCAGGAAACCGGCCUCCCUUCGUCGGGCACCGACAGACGAGAAUGCAGUCGUGGAUCCAAAUCAGAUCAAGGAAGCGGGGGGGAUACUGAAGGACACCGAGAACCAUUCGUCGUCACUAAAGCAUGGUUCUCCGCGAGGCAGAUCAUCCCUGAGUACUCGACCACCAAACCGGUCGACCGAGGAUCAACAACCAUGGACUCGUUACCAACGCCAAUCCUCCGUUCCGGGAGCCUCUCCCCCCUCCAGAACCCAGAGCGUGCAAUUCAGAGACACCGACACCGAAGCCCAGUCACGACCCCAAUCGCGACCCGCGUCUAUACAUGGCGAUGAGGAGCAGGAGGAGGAGGGCCCUAAGGGGAAACAAUCAUUGUUUGGAAAGCUCAAAUCAUUGGCCGCCGCCCCUGCCUUUACAUCACAUUCGCGAUCCCCAAGCAGUGCAAGUGCAGACUUUCGACCAGGGCCGGUACCCGACAUCGCGACCCCGGGUUCAGAAAGGGGAGAAUUCCGGUUCCCGGAGCCAUUGGCAGAAGAGGGGAGCGAGAUCGAUGCGGAUGCAGAAGAGAGCGGAGGUGAGCAAAGCCAGCGUCGGGAAAAGAAGAAAUUGCCCAGGCGUCGCAAGCAACAGCAAGAGGAAGCUCAAACCGCGCCGAACACACCCAAAACCACCCGCAGACCAUCGUUCAAUUUUGCGGCUUCCUUUGCGCCCUUUGAGAACUACCGAACCAACCUCUUCCCUCGAAGAGCAAGCACAACGGAUUUCACACCUCAACAGCGUGAGGGGGUAUCGGAAGAUGAAGGCCGCGAGAGGCUCAACAGUCGCAGGACCCGUCCGUGGGCCGCCAAUCGGGGCCUAAGCUACACGGGGCGCCAACCAGAUGGCACACAGGAUGAACAGCGGCCGAGCAAUUUGAGACGAUUGACCGGCUUUGCUGGACCUGGAAAUGAAGAAAGUUUAGCAGCCAGCUGGAAACGCCAUCGAAAUGAACGUGGCACUAGUGCUAGUGCCCAGCGAUGGAAACAGAUCAAAGCUGGGUUGAAACUCAUUGGCCAGCGACGCAGGCCAGAAAAUACCGUGGACAACAAAAAGUCCGCUGAGCUCCUUGCUGAACUGGCAUCAGCUGUGCCUGCGGCAUUGAUCUUGGCUAGUGCGUUCCAACGUGAUGAACAUGGCAGCAAGCGAAUCCCCAUUCUUCUGGAGCAGCUCAAGGUUCGUGUUACGGACAGCCGCGUUGACUCAAGCUCGGGUGAUCGCCAUCUGGUCUUUCGCGUUGAGAUGGAGUAUGGCAGUGGUAUGACACGGAUGAAGUGGAUAAUCUUCCGCACACUGAGAGACUUUGCCAAUCUGCAUCUCAAGUACAAGCUUCACCUGGGCACCCAAAAAUACAUCCAGCUACGAACAAGCGAGAACAGCCCGAGUCUUCCUCGUUUCCCCAGAAGUGCCUUCCCUUACAUGCGAGGUGUGCGUGGCCUGGAAAGCGAAUUCGAGGAUGAAGAUGAGGAAGGUGGUUAUGAGACUGGUGCCGAGGGUAUGAGUGGAACAGAGAGACCGAUGAAGCGGAAACAGAGCCAGCAACCAAGUCAGCGUCGCGCCUCUGGAGCCAUCACCCGCAGAAAGUCUAGCAUUACCAACCAGGAAGGGGAGUCGGCUGCAGGACCUUCCUCCACUCUCGAAGGUGCGAGCGGGAAAAAGGAGACAUAUCCAGAAAAACAGCGAAAGAAGCUUGAGCUCUACCUGCAAAAGAUGAUCAGGUUCUUAAUCUUCCGAGCUGACAGCAACCGUCUAUGCAAAUUCAUGGAGCUGUCUGCUCUUGGUGUUCGUCUGGCUGCUGAGGGUAGUUACCACGGCAAAGAAGGGUUUUUGAUCAUCCAGUCCUCCAAAGGUCUUGACUUCCGCAAAGCCUUGACACCCUCUUUGAUUAAGAAGAGACAUUGGCCUAAGUGGUUCUUGGUCAGACACAGCUAUGUUGUCUGUGUUGAUUCCCCCGAAGAGAUGAAUAUCUACGACGUCUUUUUGGUGGAUCCUUAUUUCAAGAUCCAGACACAAAAGAUCAGCCUUCGCAAUCAAAACACGAAGGAUCUUGCUAAGUCUGCAAAGCAGUCUGCAAGACACCCUCAGCACCAUACCCUCCGACUUGAGAACUCUGAACGCAAGCUGAAACUUUUGGCUCGAAACGAACGCCAACUCCAGCAGUUUGAAGACUCGAUCCGUUUCAUGGCUGACAACACCCCCUGGAUGAAGCCCAACCGUUUCGAUAGCUUUGCGCCUGUGCGAAAAAACUGCUUUGCACAAUGGCUCGUUGAUGCUCGGGACCACAUGUGGGUUGUUUCAAGAGCAAUUAAUCAGGCAAAGGAUGUGAUUUACAUUCAUGACUGGUGGUUGAGUCCAGAGCUGUACCUGCGUCGCCCUGCCGCCAUCAGUCAGAAAUGGCGGCUGGACCGUCUCCUGCAACAGAAGGCUCGUGAGGGUGUCAAGAUCUUUGUGAUUAUGUACCGCAACAUCAACUCCGCCAUCCCAAUUGACUCAGAGUACUCUAAGUUCUCUCUCCUCGACCUACACCCCAAUAUCUUCGUCCAGCGUUCGCCCAAUCAGUUCCGUCAAAACACUUUCUUCUGGGCCCACCACGAGAAGCUUUGUCUGAUCGAUCAUACCAUAGCGUUCGUUGGAGGCAUUGAUCUAUGCUUCGGUCGUUGGGAUACUCCCCAGCAUCAGUUGACCGAUGACAAGCCCACUGGCUUCGAAACCACGGAUGGUCCUAAGGAUGCAGACCACUGCCAGCUUUGGCCUGGAAAGGAUUACUCUAACCCCAGAGUCCAGGACUUUUACGAUCUUGACAAGCCAUAUGAGGAGAUGUAUGAUCGUAACGUCGUGCCACGUAUGCCUUGGCAUGAUAUUUCCAUGCAUGUCGUCGGCCAGCCUGCUCGAGAUCUUACUCGUCACUUCGUGCAACGCUGGAAUUAUAUCCUUCGUCAGCGCAAGCCUACUCGACCCACGCCCUUCCUCCUGCCACCCCCUGAUUUCAACCCCGCCGAUUUGGAAGCUCUGGGACUGGACGGAACAUGUGAGGUACAGAUUCUUCGUUCCAGCAGCAUGUGGUCGACCGGAACACCAGAUGUCACCGAACACAGUAUUAUGAAUGCCUACGUCAAGUUAAUCGAGGAGUCUGAACAUUUCGUCUACAUCGAAAACCAAUUCUUCAUCAGUACUUGCGAGAUUGAUGGCAGAAAGAUCGAGAACCUCAUUGGAGAUGCUCUCGUUGAGCGUAUCGUCCGAGCCGCUAAGAACGAGGAGGCAUGGCGCGCCGUCAUUGUCAUUCCACUGAUGCCAGGCUUCCAGAAUACAGUCGACAGCGAAGGUGGCACAAGUGUGCGUCUUAUCAUGCAGUGUCAAUACCGCAGUAUCUGCCGUGGAGAAACCUCCAUCUUUGGCCGACUCCGUGCUCUUGGAAUUGAACCCGAGGACUACAUUCAGUUCUUCAGUUUGCGAGCAUGGGGCAAGAUUGGACCACAAAAGCAGCUGGUGACGGAGCAACUCUAUAUCCACGCGAAAUGCAUGGUUGUGGAUGAUCGUGCUGCUAUCAUUGGAUCUGCAAAUAUCAACGAACGAUCCAUGUUGGGAUCGCGUGAUUCCGAAGUUGCAUCUAUCGUGCGCGACACUGACAUGAUCAUGUCGACCAUGGCUGGCAAGCCGUACCUUGUUGGUCGAUACCCGCACACCCUACGUAUGCGCCUAAUGAGAGAGCACCUUGGUAUUGAUGUCGACGAGCUCAUGGAGCAUGACUUUGCCACCGAAGAAGAGUUGCGCAAGAUCCAAGUUGCCGAGGGUAAUGAUCGCUCAGCAGAUGAUCGCGGACGCAGAAACUCUGUAUCAUCGGUCACUGAACGUCAAGAUGAGAGGGAUAUGAUUGAACGUCGCCAUCGUGUUCAAGACGAGUUCCUUUCUCGUUCGGAGAACAUGUAUAGUUUCAACCAUGAUGUCGACUGGGAACAGGGUGCCAACCCUAACCUGAAAUCAAACCGAAAGCUCACCGCCGAUCCUCGAGUCACCGAGAACGCUGAUCACAGGAAGGAUGUGAGUGGUGACGGCACCGAUCACUGGACAGCUGCCAGUCAAGCUGGAUUGGGAGUUGGCCGUGACUCACAGAUGGUGGCUAAUGGAUCCGAGGCUUUGCUCUCGCCGAUUGCGGCAGAAGGGAGAGGUACUAUUGAGCAACCUUCCUCUUCCCAAAAGCCAUCCCGGUCAGCCUCGACCCGCAAGAAUUUACCGCCUGGUGCAUCGAGCGAUACCAUGCGCGACUCCGAAGCAAAUGGUGAUGCUGCACAGAACCAUGGUGACUCCGGAACAUCAAGCCGCGCGUCCGAAUCCAAUGGUGUCGGUUUGAUCAUGUCAAAGGGAGAAGACCAUGAGACCUCCAAACACCCACAUCCCGCCAUCCCAGACCUCAAACAAAUCUUCAUUGAUAAGGACUGUAUGAGAGACCCGGUCAUCGAUUGUUUCUACUUGGACACAUGGCAAGCCGUCGCUGAAAAGAACACAAAGAUCUACCGAUCUGUGUUCCGAUGCAUGCCUGACAGCGAAGUCAAGAACUGGAAGGAAUACAAGGAGUACGCCGCAUAUGGCGAGCGCUUUGCAGAAAUGCAGAGCCAACAAGGCAACAAGCCACCUCAGCCACCUCAGCAAAAGCAAAGCGGUCCUCCUGGAGCUGCUUCAGCCAGCUCACCCAUGUCUCCAUUAUCUUUCAUUAGUGCCAACAAGAUCGACACUCCACCGACGGACCCGAAAUCUCAAACAAUCGAUGAGAAACUCAAUACUAGUUCCGUCGAUGCCAACCGUCCCCAUUCCGAGCAGCUGGCCAAGCAAGAGACACUGUCUUCUAUUGAUGAAAAGGGCCCAUUGACAGUGGCAUCGGACCCUAACCUGCUGUCGACCGCCCAAAAUGGCUCCGGCGAUAUCGUCGCUGGCGAAGAUAUUGAGAAGCCUCGUUCAACAUCCGUUCAAAUCGAUUACUCUGAAGCUGUGAAUCUGAACUCAACCAGCCAGUCUCGCAAACGGAGACGGAGAGCCGCUACUAUUGGCUCGAAGCGGGAUCCCCUUGGCGCUGAUGAGUUCCUGGAUAAGGGACGCGCAGAGGAUCUCCUCAACAAGGUCCAGGGUCACCUUAUUGCCUGGCCGUAUGACUGGCUCGAGAAAGAAGAGCAGGGUGGAAACUGGCUCUAUGCUCUGGAUCAGAUCUCCCCAUUGGAGAUCUACAACUAA